AUGCGCCAUCAUCUCAUUGAAGGUCUUAAGGAUCAGUACAUGACGAUUGAGAAUCCAUUGGAUCUUUGGAAUGCUUUAAGGCACAGAUACGAUCACCAAAAGAUGGUGUUGCUUCCAAAGGCAAGGCACGAUUGGAUGCAUCUCAGAUUCAUGGACUUUAAGUCCGUGGACGAGUACAACUCGGCCUUGUUCAAAAUCGUCUCAAUAUUAAAACUGUGUGGUGAAGAAGUGUCUGAUGUGAUGAUGCUUGAAAAGACCUCUACGACUUUCAAUCAGUCGAAUUCUGUGUUGCAGCAGCAAUAUAGAACAAAAGGUUUUGCCACAUACACUGAGCUGAUCUCCUGUCUACUCUUGGCCGAGGCAAACAAUGAGCUUCUCAUGAAGAACAGUGGAGCUAGACCGGCCGGGACAGCACCAUUACCCGAAGCCCAUGAUGUUGAAAAGAAAGAUCCCAAAGAAACCUACUAA